AUGUUUGAACGGAAGAAACGUACUAUCGUAGGAAAUGAUGAUGAAGAUCUUAAUACUUUGCUUUACUUUGAAGAAAAUUCCGAAACUAGUCUAAACAAUGCUACUAAUGCAUUAGAGAAAAGCCGUGCGACGAUACAUAGAGUUUUAAAAAAGCACAACUAUAAGCCGUACAAAAUAUUACCGGUACAAGAACUUACCGAUGUUCAUAAGAGAAAGCGUUUAGAGUUCUGUCAAGACAUGCUUACAAAUUUGAACAAUGAUCCUAAUUAUUUUUAUAACAUUUUAUGGACAGAUGAAUCAAAUUUUUCAACUUCAGGCUUGAAGGAAUUCCAUAAAGGGCAUACGGUUUCAAAAAUUUGGCACGAUACAUCUAUAAGAACUCCUCGUCAAGCAUUUAUAGAAGGCUUAUCUACAGGCUUACGAGCACCACCAGGCAAAGUUCAACGUCUUAUUGCAGCUCACAUCGGUAGCGAUACAGGUUUUCUGGAAAAUAGUGCUCUCGUUUUUAUAUCAAAGAAAACUGGCGACUAUCACGAGGACAUGGACGCCGUAUGCUUUGAAAGAUGGUUCGAAAACGUUCUUCAGCAUCUCGAACCUAACUCAGUGGUAGUAUUAGACAAUGCAUCCUACCAUAGUCGACUUGUUGAACGAAUUCCUACUAUGAGUGACAAAAAAGCAGUUUUGCAACAUUGGUUGAGGGAAGAAUCCAUUCCAUACGGCGAGGAUAUGGUUAAAGGAGAGCUUAUUGGUAUUAUUAGACAACAUCGUGGUAAAUAUCGUCAGUAUGCUGUAGAUACAAUGUCUAGACUUCAUGGCAUUACCAUCUUACGACUACCGCCUUAUCAUUGUGAACUGAACCCAAUAGAAUUAAUUUGGGCACAAAUCACAAAUGAAAGGAUAUGUGGCUCGGGAAAAUGUCACAUUUAA